CGUUGUUCAGCAAGUUUUUUACUGAUUGAAAGUGGGAUUCCACAUAAUUGAACAAAAGGAAUAUUUUGACAAAAUUUGCUUGAAGUUGCAGCAAAAGACACAAAAGACACAGCUGAAAAGACGCAAAAGACGCAAAAGACACUGCUGCUUCUGUGAUAGCUAUAGCUUGUUAUAACAAGGUUUCUUCACCCAAUGGCACUCUGCGUAUUAGUCAAGGAAUAUUUUCUUUUUGUAAUAUAUGCCUGAUAUGCUUUUGUUUAAAUUUUGUUUACCGUCAUCAUCAUCAUCAACAUCGUAAACGUCAUCAUCAUUGUCAACAAACUUCAUGACGAAUAAAAUACUACUUUCUUUUCUACUUUUUAUAAAGCUUUAUAAAGGAUUUUUAGCAAAUGAUCAAUUUCCUCUGAAAGUAUAUUGGAACAUUUCGAACCUUACAUGGAAUAUAGAAACAUCAGAGUUCCUGUGUCAGUCAAAUAGUUUUCCAAGGUGCUGCAGCUGUAGCAUUACUUGCUUUUUAUAUAAGACAUGCUGCAUUGAUAUUUAUUGGAACAAAAAUGACCCACUACCAUUAUUUGACUAUAUGGAUAAAAUUGUAAAUACAUCAAAAACUGUUAAAGAUGCAGUGUGUGAAAGUUUAGCAUUUUCUGGUUUAAACUAAGGUCACUUUAGUAAAAGUUAUAUGAUGGUUCACUCAUGCUUAAAGGAAGCAAAUAUUGAAGAUAAAAAUCAAUGUAACAACAUAAGUAAUGAAGACUUAUUUCAAAAUAUACCUGUCAUUGGAUCUGACAAAUUACUUUAUAGAAAUGCUGCAUGUGCAAAAUGUAAUUUUGCAAGCUAUGAACAGGUUAAUUUGACAAUACAAUGUUCGGGAAUAAAAUCUGGUAAUGAAUUAGGAACAACCAUGAACCCUAAGAGUAAAAAUAAAUGGCUAGAUAUUUUAGAAGAGUACAAAGGUUGUUCUACUGAUAUAGAGAAAAAUGGAUACAUUGAAAAAUAUAUACUACCAUGUAGUGUAGAGGACACUCAAAAUGACUUCGUAAAAAGUUGUCCCAUUGGAAAUCCUUAUUACAAUUUAUGCAAAUCAUAUUCGGCAAAACUUACUAUAAACAAUAAGAUAUACAAAAAUUUUGACUGUUACAGAUGUGCUAAAAAAAAUCUGGGAAAUCUAAAUGAAGACGAUUUUAAAUGCCAAUAUCCGACUAUUUUCGAUGAACUGGGGGGUAUGAAUUGGGCUGCGUUAAUUAAAAUCAAUGAUAAAUCAAAAGUAAAAACGUCAUAUAAAUCUUACUCUCAUGGGACCAAAUGCAAUGAUGGUUAUUUCUUCGAUACAUUUGCUGAUAAAUGUGAAACAAGUGAAAGAGGAAAUAAAAACUUAAAUUCAUCUGAACCAUUUGGAUUAAAAUGUCAUUGGAAUAGUUAUUUGCACAAUACUGACACAGAAAGUUUCAAUGAUUGCUUAUUUUCACAACAACCCGCAUUAUUUGUACUUGUAAACGAAACAACCAAUUUAACUGCAGUAAAUGAAAUAUUUUUGGAAACAAUAAAUUCCUCCCUCGUUAUAUCUUCGAGUAAACUAACAAAAGCAAACAAAAUAAUUUUUAGAAUAAACGAAACUUUUACAUCAGAAAGACUGCAAUCUUUUCGAAAACAUCAAUCAAUCAUUUUCAGUUAUGCAACUUCGAUAUUUAUUUCGUCAAUAAAAUAUCAAGAAAUUACGGAAAUGUAUGGAUUUGAUUUAACAAGAAGUUAUAAAGGGAAAAAUGUUUGUGCGCAACCAGAAACUAUUCAGGUUUUUGAUAAAAACUAUUCUGCAUCAUCUUUCAACUCCGUUCAUUAUAAUAUAACUGAUGAGGAGGUAGUACUCUGGAUUGAUAUUGCACAGUCUGGAAUAGAAAACAAAUACAUCAGCUACUGCAAAGUUUUUCAUUUACAACAAAAUUGUUUUUACGAUGUAAUCAAAAAUUAUACUUUAGGUUCAAAUCAAACAAUUAUAUACUACUAUAACGGUAAACGUUUUGCUUACCUCCCAAAUGAAUACAUUCCACUUGCAAAUGGUGUUGGAGUAUGUAAAGAAAUUUACAAAAAUAUUUCUUUGAAAUGGAAAGCUAAAGUUUUAAACGUUGCAAAUAUUGCAUCAAAAAUUGGGACAAUAGCAAGUGUACUGUGUUAUUUAGCUAUCAUAGUUGUUUACACGUACUUUAAAGAACUUAGAACAUGGUCGAGUGUGGCGUCAAUAACCUUAUGUAUAAACUUGUUUUUUGCUGAUUUUACCUUCUUAAUUUCAGCACAAGUCUACAAAAAUAGAAUAUGGUGCAAAGUAUUCUCCAUACUUUUACAUUGGUUUCUGUUGGUAGCUUACCAUAGUCUCCUUAUCUUAGCGCUUGACGUGGCUACUACGUUUGGUUCUUAUAAUCAUCGAUUUUCCAAACGGAAAAAGUUAAUUCAAUACUUUAUUGUAAUUUAUGUUAUACCAUCAAUAUAUUUAUUUAUAAAUGUUGUUUUGGAAAAAACUGGUGUUGCGUAUAUUGGCUACGGAGAUGGAAUUUGCUGGAUACGAGGAUUUUAUGCGAAGCUUUUCUCUUUUAUUAUUCCAAUAGUAAUUAUUAUUUUAACAUCGUUAAUAUGUUUGUUAUUUACCGUUUAUAAAAUCACAUUGUCAGAGAAAAAAAGCAACAAAGUAUUUGGGGAAGGAAGAACAUCUCGAGUUGAUGUUGCAAGUAUAGCUUUAAAACUUACAUUAAUACUUGGAGUAAUCGAGUUACUUGGUUUUGUUCAAAUAAGUAAAACAUCGUUGUCAGAAGGAGAAGAGAACUUUAAUACCAUUGUUGCUGUUAUAUACAUGCUUUUUAGAUCUGGAAAAGGGUUAUUGUUGUUUGUUGCUUAUAUUUGCACGCAAAAAGUUCAAAAACUAAUUACUAAAUCAAUUCCUUGCAUUCAAAAUAAAUCCAGAGGAACUAACUCAAGGAAAGAAAAUUAUUCUUCAACAACUUUUAGCUCAGUAUCUUAACAUUUAUUUUGAAUUUUUACUAUUUCAAAGAGUGUAUACUUACUACAGAAAAAUUAAACAACGAGAAAAAAAACUAAAACAAUGAGAAAGAAAAAUAAAACACCAAAAAAGAA